CUAUAAUAUACACUGAAUUGCACUGCGUGUAACAAAUUUGUACUGAUCUGAUAUGGAUACCUUAAAUCAAUAUUCCGAAUACAGAAAUGCUUUAAGGAUAUGGAAAUCCGUACCGCCAAUGCUUCUUGUGCUUGGAACUCUGGGAAAUCUGUUGACCAUUGUUGUUUUAAUGAGGAGCAAAAGCCGGAUGUCGUCAACUGCGUUAUAUCUUUCCUCAUUAGCAGUGUCAGAUUUACUCGUGCUUUGGACAGGACUAUUAAGGCAGUGGAUCAACUAUAUGUUUGACGUUGAUGUACGCCAUUUCUCUGUGGCAGGCUGCAAGAUUCACGUAUUCCUUGUAUAUUUCGCCACACAGUGUUCAUCAUGGCUUCUCGUCGCUGUGACGUCAGAGAGAUUUAUUGGUGUGUUGCUACCACAUAAAGUAAAACAAGGCUGCACAACACGUAUUGCCAUAGUAACUAUUUCUAUCAUCGUUGGUAGUCUCAUGCUUUUAAAUGUACAUUGGUUUUAUGGAAUGGGAGCCAGCGUCACAGUUUAUAAUAAUAUUACGUAUCAGUUUAAAUGUAGUUCCAUAUACGAUCACUACUAUGAUUUUCUUGGGUUCGAAUGGCCGUGGAUUGACCUUUGCAUUUUCAGUUUGGGACCGUUUACAAUUUUAUUAAUAGGGAACAUCUCUAUAAUUGUUCGUGUGCUUGUGAGCAAACAUAAAACACGAACACGAAUUGCACCAUUAAAUGCAGGCUUGGGAGUAAAUAGGUCAGGCAAGACAUCUCAGCUUACAGUCAUGCUGGUGCUGUUAAAUGUGGUGUUCUUCACGUGUACUAUACCAAUAUCUAUAUAUCUGAUUGGAGAACAAGAAUGGCUAAGGACGCUUGAAACUUAUCAUGAAUUGGCUAUUCUGAGACUAAGAUGGGCCGUCGUAAAUUUAUUUAUGUAUUUGAACAAUGCUAUUAAUUUCAUACUAUACUUUCUGAGUGGAUCUCGAUUUAGACAAGAAGUUAAAUCACUGUUUUGCGGUGGUCGCUCCAAUGCAUUAUUUGGGACUGGUACAGCGGCACGAGUCUGGCCUGGAUCAGCAGCCAUGAGGUCAAGAAGCACGCUUAAAUCGGAACAAACUAACUGUGAGCCGUCCUCUAAUAUCUCUGUUUUGCAAAAUUUACAGUUGCCUGUAGCAGCUGAACGACGACGUCACAUAACGGAGGAAAGUAACGCUUAGACUUACUAAGGUCGCAUUUUGGUUACAUAUAAUUUCUACAUGGCGUAUGUAAGUGAAAAUUAACCAAAGGCAAUUUAUAUGGCAAUGUUUGUGUAUACAAAUUUUCGCCACAAAAAUCACUUUUUUGUUUUUCAUAAAUGAACUGUUUACAUUGAUGCCAAUAUGCCAUAUAUUUCAUAGACUGUCACAGGGAUUUUAGACAGCCUUUUGUUUGACCUUUUGAGAAAUCAAUGUUUACGAUUUUUCUCAAACGCAGAAUGCCAUUCAGUAUGAAAUUUCAAUAUAUAUAGGUAACAAGAUAUAUGUGCAAGAUAAUAUUUCUGUUAGAUUCUUUAAAUUAAAUAUCUUGAAUGGCAGAAUAUGUCAAUGAAAUGCAUGAGCUAUUAGUCCAGUCAGCUUUAUACGGAAACAGGUUGGUUAGAAAUGUAGAAAGUUUAGAAAAUGUUAACUUUGCAACUGUAGAAACAUUGAAGAUAAAAAUCAUUUUGUGUUAAUCUGUCCAGUCAAUUGUUUAUGCUUCAUCAUGAGCACAAUGUCAUAAAUUUCAGCUAUUACCAUAGACCCAUAGACAU